AUGACAUUGACUGGGGCGAUCAUUCGCCCUUAUCAAAUUGGACCAUUAUUAGGAAAAGGUUCAUAUGGUGAUAUAUAUGCAGCCAGAAACACAGAAGAUGGAACAUUUGUCGCAAUUAAAAUUGAAUCUUUAACUUCAGAAAGAAAAGUCUUAGAGACAGAAGCAUACAUCAUGAGGAAAAUAAGCAAAUUUACAUUCUUUCCCAAGUAUAUAACAUUCGGAAAAACCCAAAAUAACACGUUUUUAGUGAUGGAAUUGUGCGGACCAUCCUUAUCAUAUGUUAUAAAGAAUCUUCCGGAACAUAAACUAUCUCUAUCGACUGGAAUACGCACUAUGUACAUUGUUAUGCAAGGACUAGAACAACUUCAUCACGCCGGAAUUAUUCAUCGCGAUGUCAAACCUUCUAAUGUACUUCUUAGAACAUCAAUAUCGAAUCCAAUUGCAAUUAUUGACUUUGGACUAUCCAGAGUUUUUAUUGACAAAUGGACGAAAAAACAGUUACCUCCAAGACAAAAUCCAGGCUUUCGAGGGACUACAAUAUUCGCUUCUCCACAUGCCCAUUUACACCAAGAACUUUCUCCGCGUGAUGACUUGAUUUCUUGGUAUUAUAUGUGUAUUGACUUAAUUGUUGAGCCACUUCCAUGGAGAAACAUAAAAAAUAGAGCAGAUAUACUAGAGAAAAAGCUUUCAACCAAUUUGAUGGAACUUGGAACUGAAAUUGCACCUCAAUUUCAACUAAUCUGGCGUCAUAUUACUACAUUGAACUACGAAGAUACUCCUGAUUAUAACUACAUAUACAAACUCCUUGAAGAAGUCAUGAGAGCCAAUAAUAUUAAUAUGAUGGAUCCAUUUGAUUGGAAUCAUAACAUAUUAAAGGUUGUUCCGACCGAGAAUGAGUCUCUUCCAAGGAGUUCAUUAUCUUCAGAAGCAUCAGUUCAUGAAGUUGAAAAAAUUGAUCCAGAACCUCAAACUCAGUACAAUCAAAUUGAUCCUACACCUUUAAUUGCUGUUAAAAGCAGCAAAGCAGAUGCUGUUUAUACAACAGCCUGUGAAGCUGAAGACAAAUGUUGUUGUUGUUUAUUAGUAUAA